AUGGCUUCAGCGACCAAGUUCAUGCGCGAGUACAAGCUCGUUGUUGUCGGUGGCGGUGGUGUUGGCAAGUCCUGCUUGACCAUCCAAUUGGUCCGUAGCCACUUCGUCGAUGAAUACGACCCUACGAUUGAAGACUCCUACCGCAAGCAGUGCGAAAUCGACGACGAAGAUGCCCUCCUCGAUGUUCUAGAUACCGCUGGCCAAGAAGAGUACAUGGCUAUGCGCGAACAGUAUAUGCGCACUGGCGAAGGCUUCCUGCUUGUUUACUCCAUCACCUCCCGUCAGAGCUUUGAGGAAAUCACCACCUUCCAGCAACAAAUCCUGCGUGUUAAGGACAAGGACUACUGCCCCAUGGUCCUUGUUGGCAACAAGUGCGAUUUGGAAGGCGAGCGUGAGGUUUUCACACAUGAGGGUGAGGCUCUUGCCAGAUCUUUCAACUGCACAUUCAUCGAGACAUCAGCCAAGUCCCGCUUCAACGUUCACAAGGCCUUCUACGAUCUUGUUCGUGAGAUCCGCAGAUACAACCGCGAGAUGCAGGGCUACUCUACGGGCAGCGGCAACAACUCUGGUCACAACCCCCCAAAGCAGAUGGAUAUGGAUGGCGGCGAGGCUGAGGCCGGCUGCUGCUCCAAGUGUGUCAUCAUGUAA